AUGGAGGGAAAGUUUCUCGUUUCGUUGCUGAUUUUGGGCCUGGCUUCUUCUUCUCUAGGUAUGUUUCCUCUGUAAAACAUUUUUCUAAGAUCUGAGUUUAUGCAGCAAGUACGUAGCAAAGUGACGAUGUUUUUCGGUUAGGUGCAAAUUUUGUUACGCAACAUAUUUGUUUUGACACUACACUGUCAAUUCUUCACGUAGGAGGAAAUUUAAAGAUAAACCCAACUUUCCUAUCCUUUCCCGGUGACUGGUUUUGCUAGUCUUUUAACAGGUAAAAACAUUACGCUCAACGAAAUUGCUGGAUAAGAACUUUUCGCACCAGCCAUGUCGUCUCUUGCAGUACGAUGAUCCAUCCAUGUCAUCAUGAUCGAAAAACUUUACUCAUUUCAAUUUCUUCAAGGAAUCGGUUCACUCUUUUAAAAAAUCGUAUAAAGCGAACGCAAAAGUUUUGAAUUUGCGCUGUGUUUCUGAGGAAAAUUUUGAGGAACGUUUCAUCUUCUGCCGUUCCGUUCAGCUGCUUCAAGUUUGUUUAUUUCAUGACGUUUCAUACAAACCUUGUCCUGUAAUUUUAGUUUCGGGAAAGAAAACCGAUUAAAACGCGAGCCAUUUCCACUGCAUUAACUCACAGACAUUAAAAGCACAAGAUAUCUUCACUAACGUAUUUUUCCCCAGCUCUGUUAAUUGAUUCCGUCUAAACGAAAAAAGCUGCGUCAUAUAGUGUCAUCCGGAACGAAGACUUUGUUUGUACAAUUCAUUGUUUAAUACUUUGAAAUAUUGUUCGUGUCCGAGUUUAGUUGUUACUUUGUUAGAAGUGAUUUAUUCUCUUUACAUUUUUCAAGGCUAUCUUCCAAAUUUAUCGAUAACAUAACUUCAGCUUAGUGGUACGUGAUGCAUGUACGGACUGUAAGUUGUCAAAAGAAUUAAACAGCUACAUGCAUGUGACGUCUUCUUUACUUUGUUUCUCGCGGAAAUGUGGGAAGUGGGAUAUGCGAGAUGUGGUUGCAUGCGGAGCUUGCCCGUUAAGGUGCUAGCGGAGGCCGAUUUGGGCAAUUUUAGUCGUAUGAAAAUAUUAGAAGCAUUUAAUAAAAAUAAGUGAAAUUUUUGGGUGCAAGUGGUAACUGUAAGUACAUCUUCUUUCGGAUAUCUUUUUAGGAAUUUGUGGAAUUCACAAAAAUUUUGAGUGUUGUCGAAGAAAAGCUUUUAUGUCUAUUACUUAUGACGAAUUAACAAGGAAAAAAAUUUGCAGUCUCAGUGGCAUGAAGCGCUGAAAUGCACAAACCGACAGACUACACGAUCAUGAACAUGUUAGCUUUGUUAGCUUAGCUUUGUUUUGAAAGUGAGAGUUUUCAGAACUCGGAAGUAGCCUAUUAGUUUGCUGCAUGACGUAGUGUUUUUACAUCAUUGAAUAUCAGCAAAAGGUGGACAUCGUGGCCGUGACCAUGAUCAUGACAGGUAUCACAAGAAACAUGAUGACGACAAGAAAUGUCCUCCACUUUACACUUCUCCUGACCUUCCUAUGAAGUGUUCCACCAGCGGGGAAGGCUGUAGCAAAAUCACUUGCUCUACACAGCUGGAUGGUCAGACCGUCACGCUGAGUCUUCAGUUUAACUCUGCUGAGGAUGUAAUGAGUGCAACAAUCACUCUUAAGGUUCCAAACCUUGACUAUGAAUGGUCGCAUACUUUCAAGAGUGGAGACAAGAUCCAGGUACCAGGUUUCCCUCUAAAGAUCAAAGGAGUGGCUAAUGCAGAUAUGUACCUGAUGUUGAAACUCGUCAAAGGAAAAAUGGGAGUUGCAUUCAAGGUAAUUUAUUAUGUGAAAGUGAAAUGCAGUCCUUGCAAGAAGUCAAUUUUUAUAUAUCCUCUUAGAUAGUUUUCUGGGUGUCAAUGGCUUUGCAUACCUGAAAUCAAUGUAAGCAGAUAAAAAGUCCUCCGAAAUGAGGUCCUGUGAGGCUAAACCAAUUUGGAUCGUCAUACUUUUCUGGGAAACUGCCCACCUACCCCUCCCCUAAGCCAACAUUAACACUUACUUCUCACUUAGGGCAAAUUGUUGGCUUAGGGAAGGGGUAGGUGGGCAGCUUCCCAGAAAUAAAUAAUGAUCCACUGAUUCCAAAAAAGGGACAGGGCCUUGAAACGGCAACAUAUAAUUAGGGAUCCUUAGCAACGGCGACGGCAACUAGGACGUCAAAAAAGCAAUAGGUUUAUUACGCAAAACAACAACCUUGCACAUGCAUCACGUUUUUUUGUACAUUUCUUUACCGUCCUUGCACGACUACGACGUGAAAAUGCCUAAUUGCAAGUUUUAUGGACGACGUAAACAAGUGAUGACGAAUCUCUUUUUCUCUCUCUAAACUUGAGUGCGGUCCUCAAGUAAUCAACUCCAGGGAAAUUAGCCUACACUUGCCAUUUUCAGCAAAUUGGAAUAAACGCGACAAAGAUUGAAAAAAUGGGAAUUCAUUUUAAAACUGACGUUUUCGCUGCCAUUGCCGUUGUCGAUGCUAAAGCUCCCUAUUGAUGAUUUUUAGUGGUGACAUAACAACACAAACAUGGAUUAAAACUGUGAGAUGGACAAAGAUGCAUACUUGACAAUAAUUUAUGUAUAAAUACCAAUGUGGAUGUGGCUUGCUCCUGAAUAUCUGAAAUGACAGGUUUUAAAAUUCUAAUGAAGGACAUGCACACACCCCUUUACUGAAAAAAAGAACGAAAACAAAAAGAGAAACCCAAGUCAGGUGUUCUUUUUCUUUUCCUCAUGUGAAAACCACUUGGUAGAUUUGCUUCCAUGCAUGUUUGCUUGGACCAAAAAAUUAAAGGCCAUAUUUUUGCAUCUGGAAAAAGGGAAGAGGUGUUUUCAGAAUAGCAAAUUAACUGUAUUACAAUGUUUUGAAUACCUAUAGAUUCAUUUUUCUUAGCUUAAGCUUAAAAAAUAUGGUAAAUAUAAUUAGUGGAGUUUUAAAUAAAUGCCUAAGUAGCAGUUUAUAUUUGUUACAUUUUGUCACUCAUGGUUAAUUAUUUUUGUGUUUGAAAGGUGGAUCUCUAUGUCAAGAUUGACAGUUCAGAACCUUUGGAUGUUACCUUAGUGAAGGGCAAGGUGCCUCACAUGGAGCAUCACCGCUGGAGCAAAUGCGGCAGUGAGUAUUUUUAUUUUAUUUUAUUCUUAUUUUAUAAGCUUCGCCAAAAAAACAAACAAACAAACAAACAGAAAGAACGUUGGCAGGGACACCGCAACAGAUGUGGCCAAUUACAGCAGACCUGGAUGCUCAAAAAAAGUGAAAAAAAGAAAUGUUAAAAAGCACAGUGAUACAAGAAAAACUCCAGCUAUGUACAACGAGUUAUUGGACGAGGCAAGGGACGAGCACUAUUACAUUUUAAACAGAUAGAAUUGAACGAACGUGGGUCUUUACAAUCAUAGGAAACAGCUAACGCGGACCUACAAUAAUUAAAAAUAACCUAUUUAAAGGAAGCUAAGGUUGAUGAGCUCAAAUCCAGUUCAUCCACUACACAAUUCCAAAUUCUACUAGUAUUGAGUAUUAGUCUUCUCAUCUCUCAAGUUCCUAAGGGAUGCAUUAAAGUAAUCUCCCGAUUGUGGAAAUAUAUGUAUCCCCUUCUCUGAACGAGGGCUAUAAUUUAGUUUCUAUGGAGCAUGGUGGAUUCCUUAAUUCCUAGGAACCCAGUGGUCAAAAUUGAGAAGUCUUUAGCUAUAACAUCCUUAACUAGAAGUUAAGAAGUUUGGUAAUUAAUUCACGAAGGCCAAUAUCCAGCUAUCCAGAAACCGAUCAAGCUUGGUCAAUAAUGCAUUUAUUGUAUGGCCAAAAGAAAACUUUUUUCUGGCGAGACCAAUGUGCAAAAAUUGUAAGCCAGCUUGGGAAGUCAAUCAGAACGUGAGGUUUUCUUCAGCCUUCCCAAUAAUGGACUCAGCCACAUAAUGAAUAAAACUCCUUAUAACUGAAUUUAGACAGUAACCAGUUUGGCCACUCCAAAAAUACACAGGAAAAAAUUAUGUACUUACGUGUCAAGUCAUUAACUUGUCCUUGUGAAAAAUUUGUGUUUUUUUGUCCAGGGUUUGCAUCCUGGUUCAAGCGCCAGUCCACCGCUGUCAAGGCCAGCAUCAUUGUGAGUGCUAUCUUGGUUUCCCUGAUGGUGGUCUUUGCCAUUGCCUACUGCUGCAAGAAACGUCGCACCAGUGCAAGCAAGUUGGGCGUCAAGCCUCCAACUUAUGAAGAGGCUACAUAUCCCGUUAAAAGCAAGGUUCCAAUGGAACCACUGGUCAAUGAGGAGUAG